AUGCAUAUAGGUCGGAAUUCUGCGAUGUGCUUUGCAUUAUGGUCUUUGGCAGGACUUUUUCUGUUUGUGAUAAUUGAAUUGGAUUGGAAGAAUGAAAACCGAAAAAUAGUUUAUACUGCUCUAAAUUCAUUCCAAAUUAAUAGAGGCAACUCUAAUGAACAUGAAAAGUAUCAAGUGGAGUUGGAUAAUGACGUGAUCUUCUUAAUUAUGACAGGUAAACCGCAUCAGGAUCGUCGAGUUUCGUUGCAACAGCAAACUUGGAUGCAGUAUACAGCCAAGACGUUUAUAUUCAGUGAAACAGCAAGCACGCUAUUGCCUUUGAUAGUACUUCCUAACAUUAGCGAUUCGUAUGCUACUGCUGGUCCUAAGUUUUGGGAUGCCUUACAAUGGGCUUGGAAAAAAUUCGGUCAUAAAACAAAAUGGUUUGUUAAAAUAGAUGACGAUACAUUUGUUAAUGUCCAGGAAGUAUGGAAGCUAUUGAAAAGAAAAGAUGCCACAAAACUUCGCGUAGUUGGACGAUGCGCAGUGUUUUCGCCUCCAAAGUCGGACAUCCCGAAGGGAGGAUUGCCAAACGAAUGGACUUUUGUGGACGGAGGGGCUGGUAUGUUUAUUAAUAGCUAUACCAUGCAGCUACUAAAUGCUUAUGGCUUUCUAAACAAAUCUAAUGUCCUACAGCGCCAUGGUGAAAAACUUUUUGAAGUUCAGGAUACAGUUUUUGGGGAAAUCCUCACAGAAAUUGCGCAUAGAGAAGCAUAUCGCCAUAAAAUAAACUUCACUUCACCGUUCGACUGCGAAAAUGAACGCUUACAGCAUGCAUGCAACCCGAAUCAUUUUGAAACAACGCACUGCUUGAAAUUGCCAUGCGUCACACUGCAUAGGUGUAGAGAACAAUUGAUGUUAUAUUGGCAUGAACAAUUUCACUCCAACAUUCCAAGUCCCCAAAGUAGCACAGAGGAGAAUAAAUAA